AUGACUGGGGAGACAGCACCACUUCUUCCCGGCCGUAUGGUCCUUAUAAUGCUAGCCCUGUUCCUGGGCAUGUUUACCGCCAACCUCGACGCCACGAUUCUGGCCACGGCCGUGCCCAAGAUAACUACCGAGUUCCAAAGCAUCGAUGACAUUGGUUGGUAUGGCUCUUCCGCCUUCCUAACUUUUGCCGCCUUCCAAACGAGCUGGGGUAAGGUGUACAAGCACAUCGACAUCAAAUGGUCUUACCUGGUCUCCCUCCUCGUGUUCGAGAUGGGUAGCCUUAUAUGUGCCGCAGCCCCGAACAGCACGGCACUAAUCGCCGGCCGCGCGGUUGCCGGCGUUGGAGGAGCCGGCCUCACCACCGGUACUUUCGUUGUGAUCGGUCAUACGGUACCGCCCCGGCGCUAG